CUAGCACCUGAAAACAUCUCUAAACCUUUCAACUAAAGUAUGGAUAGAUGAAUGUGCAGACCAAAGUAAAGGCAUCAAGAUAAUUAUAUUUUAAAAUGAGUCAGGAUUAAAGGCGAUGUCCUCCUUUUUAAAACAUAUUGCAGUAUUCCACGUACAUAUCCUUACUAAGCUACCUGAGAGAACUAGGCAACUUAAUAGUUCUGUGCUCUCUGGAAUUUCAAUGCCAAUUGUGACUUUCUCUCACCCUCCAAAUCAACAUGCAGCGAAUUAUUCUAAGCACCUGGAAGUGGGGGAGGUGAUGAGAAUAGAGAGGGAGAGUAAACCGAAUACCAUAGGUUGCAUACCAACAGAUCUGUGUAUCAUCAUGAAUAAUUAGUUAGCCUUUCCAUGUCCCUUGGAAGUUUCAGCAAGCACCUAAGGAACACUUUAAGAAUACUAACCUCUCUCAGAAAAUGGGUGGUUUUGUUUUAAGAUCAUUCCUCAAUUCCUCUUAGCCUUUCAGCUACAUAACUAGUCCAUUAACUUAAACGAUUUUAAAUAAAUGCCAGGGAAAAGGAAAAGGAAAGCUACAUAACCAAGUAAAUCUGUAUCUAAUUAGGAGAAAUUGGAUAAAUAGGGUGUUAUCAGCUGUUUGACAUACAGCUGAUAAAAUUACCUUCAGCUAGGCAUCCUUGAUGUCUGAUUACAGAAGUGAACCUAGCCCACGCACACACCUAAAAUUUAUUUAAGAGACCAACAGAGGCUCUUCCUGGCUUUUAGGAAGAAGACUGGCAUGGAGAAACGUGUUUCCUGCUAAUUCUUCCAAGCCAUGGCACUUCCCAGCAAAUUCUUCCUUUGUUUUUGCUGCUUUGCCUGGCUCUGUUUUCCUAUUAGCUUUGGUUCUCAGGCUUCUAGGGGAGAAGCUCAGAUUGCAGCUAGUGCUCCAUUGGAAACUGAGGCUGAGCCUCAGUCCUCUCUGCAGCCUCUAGAUGGGAGACACAGACCUGGCCUCCUUUCCCCUCUCUUUAAGGUUCUGUACGAUGGGCAAACGGAGGCCCCCAGGCUGCAGCCAGAUGACAGAGCUUUGCACUACAUGAAGAGGCUCUAUAAGGCAUGUGCUACCAAGGAGGGGAUCCCCAAAUCCAACAGAAGUCACCUCUACAACACUGUUCGGCUCUUCACCCCCUGUGCCCAGCACAAGCAGGCUCCUGGGGACCAGGUGACAGGUACCCUUCCAUCAUCAGUGGACCUGCUGUUUAACCUGGAUCGUGUUACUGCUGUUGAACAUUUACUCAAGUCAGUCUUGCUAUACACUUUCAACAACUCCAUUUCUUUUCCCUCUCCUGUUAAAUGUGUGUGCAACCUGGUGAUAAAAGAGCCAGAGUUUUCUAGCAAGACUCUCCCAAGAGUUCCAUACUCAUUUACCUUUCACUCACAGUUUGAACUUAGAAAGAAAUACAGAUGGAUUGAGAUUGACGUGACGGCUCUCCUUCAGCCUCUAGUGGCCUCCAACAAGAGGAGUAUUCACAUGUCUGUAAACGUUACGUGUGUGAAAGACCAGCUGCAGCAUCCUUCAGUGCAGGACAGUCCACUUAACAUGACUCUUCUGGUAGCCCCCUCACUGCUUUUAUAUCUGAAUGACACAAGUGCUCAGGCUUAUCACAGGUGGUAUUCCCUCCAUUAUAAAAAGAGGCCUUCACAGGGUCCUGACCAGAAGAGAGAGCUGUCUGCCUAUCCCAUGGGAGAAGAGGCUGCUGCUGAGGGUGUAAGAUCGUCCCGUCACCGGAGAGAUCGGGAAACUGUCAGCUCUAAAUUGAAGAAGCCUCUGGUGCCAGCUUCAUUCAAUCUGAGUGAAUACUUCAAACAGUUUCUUUUUCCCCAAAAUGAGUGUGAGCUCCAUGACUUUAGACUCAGCUUUAGUCAGCUGAAGUGGGACAACUGGAUUGUGGCUCCACACAAAUACAACCCUCGAUACUGUAAAGGGGAUUGUCCCAGGGCGGUCGGACAUCGGUAUGGCUCUCCGGUUCACACCAUGGUGCAGAACAUCAUCCAUGAGAAGCUCGAUUCCUCAGUGCCGAGGCCAUCCUGUGUACCUGCCAAGUACAGCCCUUUGAGUGUUUUGGCAAUUGAGCCUGAUGGCUCAAUCGCUUAUAAAGAAUAUGAAGAUAUGAUAGCCACUAAGUGCACCUGUCGUUAACGUAGGCUCCUCUCAAGUAAAACCGUGAGUCUCCUUGCCAUAGUAAAUGCCAUGCGCCUGUCUGUGCCUUUGGGAGAAAGUUUCAUGUAUCAAAUCUCUAAAUGUAAUGCAGUGUGUUGUGUAAGGAGGAGCCUGUGUAGAUUAGCACAUUCUGUGGCAUCUAUCACUGUAAAGGGAUAACAGCUGCCUUUCUCAUUUCCAAAUGUAAAUGAAAUGUACUUCUCUUGGAAAGCUUUAAAUUUUUUUCCCCUGAGUGACUAUUUUUUUUCUUUUGUAGGAGUCUUGUUUUUGAUGUAAGAAAAAAAAGUUUAAUUAGCAUAAAUCUUGGAUGGAACUGCAGCUCUAAAUAGACAAUUCAGAUAGCUAUAGUCUUAUUUAAUGGAACAAUAAAUUCCUGUGAGUGGCA